GCUAAGUGGAACGCAGCCAUUGUAUAUUGUACACUUCCACUUUACUGUGACAUUUCUCUUUCAAAUUCCUUUGCUGACUUUGACAGCGUAAGUGCCAAGGAUCGGCUUCAACAUGCCUCGUGAAAUCAAAGACAUUAAGGACUUCCUGCUCAAAGCCCGCAGGAAAGACGCUAAAUCUGUCAAAAUAAAGAAGAACCCAGAAAAUGUAAAGUUCAAGGUCCGUUGCUCACGGUUCCUGUACACGCUGGUCAUUACUGACAAGGAAAAGGCAGAGAAACUUAAACAGAGUCUGCCACCAGGUCUGCAAGUGAAAGAAGUUAAGUGAUGUGACGUAGGGUUAAGAAAAUAAAAACAUUUAAAACUUA